AUGGAAAAUCUAUUUGAAGAGCAACAUGAGCCAGCAAUAAGGCUGGUUGAUUCCAUUCUAAUAUUAGGUUUAUCUGUGAAAACCCUCAGAAGUAAUUUUUAUCUAGAUAUUUUUCUUGAAGGGAAAGAUUCAAGCAUCCCUGAAUUAAUUGCUAACUCCUCCUUUAAACAGACAAAAACCGCUGAAAAAAUUAACCCCCUUUUUUGCUCGCUCUUAAAGAGGGAGUAAGCUCCCACCGAAUUCUAAAGAAUUCACACAGGACCAAAUUAACGUAACACAAAUCUAGAUGAUAUUUACAGACCGAGAAAUCAAACUCGAACAUAACUGCAUGCCUCAGACUUAUUACUCAACUACAAUUACUAACGAAAAAGGUUACUUCACAAACAUCCACUGCUUAAUUACCUACGAAAGGGUUACCCCUGAAAUUUUAGAGCAAACCAAGUCACGUAACGUCCCGACUGGCCUUUUGCAUUUUAUCCCAAAUACAGUUGAACAAGCUUUUGAAUCAAGCGACUUAGUCUAUUAUGCACCAAUUGCUUUAUGCCUGCUUACAAAAAGCACCUAUAUCGAUGCGUUUCGGAAUAUUUUAGAGUCAUUGUAUAGUUAUAUUUUUGAAAUUAACCAAAAUGAAUCGUCACUGAUCUCCAGCAUAGAAUUUAUUAGAAAUACAUGUUUUUUGCUGAACGACACAAUAAUUCCUCCAGUUGAAGUAGAGUUUACAAUUGAGGUCGGAAAAACUGAAAUUUUGCUGCCAGUUGAUAAGAAACUUAGCCUGGGGCAUUAUGAAAGCUGUGUCGCUAUUUUGGUUGAUUUGGUUGAUAUAACUAAUAUCAUCAGUUUCUGGGAGAGCUUGCUGCUGAGCAGACAUGCGUUUAUAUUUAGUUGCAAUGAAUAUUUGUUAUUUUUAGCACUUGAAGCAUUUAAAAAGCUGAUUUUCCCUAUGAACUGGACAAUGAGCUAUAUUCCAGUUUUAAGCAAGCACCUGCUUGACUACUUGCAAGUGCCUGUUCCUGUAUUAAUCGGGCUGAAUAAUAAAUAUAUACCAAAAGAAGAAGCCAUCAGUAAAGAGCCAGACGCAAUGAUUUUGGACAUUGACUCAAAUAUUUUAUACAACACAGUGCCUUCUUUACUUUGUGACUGUGAAAAAGCUUUACUUUGUAAGAAAAUUCAGUUGCUAAAAGCCUACUACUACGUUAACUAUGAGCGGCUCUAUUCUUUUAAUACCCACCAGCUUGAAGAAAGCAUCCCAGACAAAGAAUUCAUUAAAAACGCUGAAAAACUUCUAGAGCCACUGGAGCGAGCUGAAAGACAAGAAUGCUUUGUCACUCUCCUCAGACAUGCAUUUUUAGACAUCUUUUUAAAAGGAAUAAGCAAGUUUUCAGCGUACUUAGUCAAGGAUGAAGAAACAAGGCAAUUUGAAUUCCAAGAAGAUGAGUUUUUGCAAAACAUUUCUCUCUGCAGUGAAAGCUGCAAAAUGAAGGAGUUUUGAAAAGGGUUCAUAGACUCCGUCACUUUUAUGCAAUUUUUAUAUUAUUUUGGAAAAUUUGAUGAAUCUACCUUAGAAAGGUUUAAAGAAAUAACGAAGGCCACAAAUAAUAAGCGGUACAAUAUAUUUGAGCAAAACAAGUUUUUCUCAAUGAAGGCUGCUGACAAAAUUGUCCCAAAAGAGCUGAUUGAAUUUUUAAGUAAUCAUAUAGAGCAGCUUCCUGAAGCUUUGCCAGAGCAGAUUUUUAUAAAGCACUCAGCACAAGAAAUAAUAGUGGAGAUGCAAGACGCACGUAAACAAAAUAAAGAAUAUUAUGAAACUGGAGAGCUUAAUGAAACUCUAGUGAGGAUUUCCUUUAAAGACAAUUUAGAAGAAAAAGCACACCCAAAUAUAUUUUAUGGGAAGCAUGGAAUAAUCAGAAUUCUUAAUAGUGCCAUCUCUUGCCAGUACCGGAGUAUUUUCCGUCAGAUAAGCACUUCCGACACCAUAAUAAGCGAAAAUCUAUCAUUUGAUAUUCAAAGCUACCCUGACAGAUGAGAACCAUUUGCAAUUAAGCUUCUAUACAAGCUGAGAAAAAAUAAAAAAGACUGAAACAUGCGUGAACUCUACGAUUUAUGCAUGACAAUAAAUCGACUAAAUACAGAUUAUCUGCCCCGUUACCACGCUGCUAGUGUAGUCAAGUUAAUUUAUGAAAAAAACCAAAGUAUGGUGCGAGUUUUAACCCACGGAGAAGGAGUCCUCUCGCGCAUUGCCAAAGCGUUUAUUGAAGUAAUAGAAGCUAAUCUUCUGGCACCUCAAGAACGUGCCACAGCUGAUACUGAAGAAUUGCUAUCCCCCAUUACCCCACUCACGCCCCGAGUCAUGUUUAACAUGUCCUUUAAAGAUGUCACGAUGGACAUGAGGGACUCUCAGCGGGUUCGAGGUGACCAUGGUAAAAGAAAAACAAGAAUCAUUAAAUUUAAUUUGAAUAAUGAUUAA